GGCUUAGGAAGGGCCACAACUCGGGAAGAGAGGACUGCUGGAGGCCGAGAGGAGCAGGGCGGAGAGGGCACCAAGGGCUGGCCUGGGUCCUGACCCUGGAUGCUGCCCAAAGAAGCCUCCUGGGCCUCAGCAGACCUCAGGGCAAAUUCAGCAUUUGCAGAAGUCUCUGAUGUUCCACACACACUUGUUGAACUUUUCUGGCCUUGGAGUGGGUGCUUGGAAAAGAGAAGCAGUUCCCAUACAGUGAGAACAACGUACCUGCCAGGUGCCUCUCCCUGUGGGACUGACAGACAGAACAUGGACACCACAUAUUUCACUUCCUCUUUUUUCCAGGACCUUCUACCUAGUGGUCUCGUAGGCUGGAGCUUUAGCUAGGCAUCAGGGAGCCAGAGCUUGGAUUGCAAAGAAUUUCUGCAGAAAAAAAAUGAAGAAAACGCCAGUUCUGUGCCCUUCUUGGAAGCUUCCACUGGAACUAGAACCCUACAGUCCCAGCUCCAAGAAAGGUGUGUGCUUACUCGUCCAGUAAUUUGAGAGCCUAGUAUGUGAAGAAACUAUGAAUCUUACACAGCCUUGGUCAUCAAAGGGCUUACAGUCCUGUUAGAAAUCAGAACUCUAAUCCACUUUUUUUUUACAGAUAAUAAAACUGAGGUAGAGAAGUGCCUUGCUCAAGGACAUGCAGCUAAAUAGCACCAGAGGUCAGACCAGAAGAUAGCUUCCACAACUCUCAGUUCAGAACUCUUUCCAAUGGUAACGAAUUCUUGUGAGCACAUUUCAGCUUCUAUUUGGGACUCUACCUAGUUUUCAUUACCUUCCCUUCUUUGCACCCACCGGCCACCCUGCUCCCAAACCUGGAGGCUAGGGUUCAGACAAGAAAAAGGUAAGCACUUAAGAAAAAGUCACACUGAGCGUUUUGGACCUUCCGCUGCAAGAAAAAGAAACGUUACUCUUUACCUCCAAGGUUAACUCUUUCAGCAAUGUUGAGACCGUUUAAAAAAAAAUGGCAGAGUGGUCUCACUUAGGACCGAAAGGGUGGAGUCCCCGCCCCCUAAUGCAGCAGCAGCAGCAGCAGCAGCAGCAGCAGCAGCGUAGAGAGAUAGGGAGCCACCUGUCAGAGGGCUGUGGGCGAGGGCCAGGGCCGCUAAGGCCUAGAGACCUGAGGGUGUGUGAGGCUGAGCGCACGCUUAGAGCAGACAGCUCACAAGAGAGGUGAUUGUCUAAGACCCUGAGAGAUGACAGGGAGGGAAAGAUAGUCACGGAGCCGAGGCAGAGCUACAGAAAGUGGAGGAUCCUGGAGGUGACUGCAAGGAGAGGACGCAACCGCAAGAGUCAGCAAAAGAGGAGCUGACGGCCUCUGUGUGGACGACGCCUGGCGGAUUGGCCUUUGGGAGCCAAGGCAACACGGCGGCGCUGCGGGGCGGGGGUGCCAUGUCCGGGGAGCGCCCCCCCCGCACCGACAUCCCCCGCAACUUGAGCUUCAUUGCCGCACUGACGGAGCGUGCCUACUACCGCAGCCAGCGGCCCAGCCUCGAGGAGGAGCCGGAGGAGGGGCCAGGAGAGGCUGGGACGCGCCUUGGGGCCCGAUCCCGCGCUCACGCUUCCAGUAGAGGACGCCGGGCUCGCUCUGCACCUGCAGGAGGCGGCGGGGCCCGAGCGCCCCGAAGCUGCAGCCCUGACACUCGCAAAAGAGUGCGUUUCGCCGAUGCGUUGGGGCUAGAGCUGGCCGCCGUGCGCCGCUUCCGCCCCGGAGAGCUGCCCCGGGUGCCCCGCCACGUGCAGGUCCAGCUGCAGAGGGACGCCCUCCGCCACUUUGCGCCUUGCCAGCCGCGCGCCCGCGGCCUCCAGGAGGCGCGCGCUGCCCUGGAUCCUGCCAGCGAACCCGGCUUCGCUGCCCGUUUGCAGGCGCAGCGAAUCUGCCUAGAACGCGCGGAGGCGGGCCCGCUGGGCGUGGCCGGAAGCGCGCGCGUGCUGGACCUGGCCUACGAGAAGCGCGUGAGCGUGCGCUGGAGCGCCGACGGCUGGCGGAGCCAACGCGAAGCGCCUGCCGCCUACGCAGGCCCGGCCCCGCCCCCGCCGCGCGCCGACCGCUUUGCCUUCCGUCUGCCCGCACCGCCUAUUGGCGGAGCCCUGCUUUUCGCUUUGCGCUACCGCGUGACCGGCCAGGAGUUCUGGGACAACAACGGAGGCCGUGACUAUGUCCUGCGUGGGCCCGAGCACCCAGGCCGUGGCGGAACCCCAGAGCCACAGGGCUGGAUCCACUUUAUCUGAGACGCCUGCGGCCGACUGCGAAAUUGCCAAAGGCACCUGGGGACUGUCGGAGCCCGAAGAUUUGGAGAGGAGGAACGGGUGGAGGAACGGGAGAAACCGAGUGGAAGUGGGUGGGAUCAAUUAAGGUCGGGGAGAUAGGGUGGAAAACAUCAGUUGGGUGUGAGUAAAAGAAACCAAGGCUUAAGGGAAGGAGGCCAGAAAGGGCCUUGGGAGGAUUAGAAACAAGCAAAGGAAUGGGAAUGAUGGUGAUAUUCUCUUUACGUGAGCGAGCCCUGGGAGGUGGUCCGUUGGGCGUAGUCGAAGGGUUAAGGUACUUUGCGAUUUUGUUUGAAUUGGCAGUCCACCCCAGUUGAAGUCAUUUCGAUUGCUGGCGCAUCCCUUUUUGUUACCCAGCUUUGCCACCUCAGGUAUCCCAGCCCUACCCAUUCUAGUUUUAACUCCGCCAUAAUUGCCUUGCUAAAGUUGUAGGAACUUGGCCGUUGCUCCUUAGUCCCUGGUGUCAUUCUCUGAGAACUGGCUGGGGAGUGAUGGCAGGUAGCAAUCAGAGCUCCUUCCUCCGGCCUUCUGGCAGCCCUUGGGAGUUAAAAUGAAGGCAAAAUCACUCCAGGCUUGUCCUCGCAGCCAAAUAAUGCAGCGCCUAAAGGGUUUGUACACUCAGGGGCUUUCAGGGAAAUGCCAGCUUUACCUUUUCGGGGUGCCUUCUAAUGACCUUUAAGCACUUUAUUGGGCGUACUUGUUACGGGACAAUAAGUCACAAGAAUCACUAUUCUGAAUCUUCAGGAGACAAGGAAGGCCCUGACUAGCUGUAUAACUUGGGGCAAGUUCCUUCACCUCCCUGGGACCCAGGUUUCUCUUUGGGACAUUGCAUUUGCAUUGGAUGAUCUCUUACAGCCCUUCUUGCUUUGACAUUUUACCAUCUGCGAGUGGUGCAGUGUAGAUUAGAAGCCACAUUCUCCAACCUACAGUUGGAGUGCUACAGUUCAGAACGCAGCAGUCCUAGUGUCUGGAUGGAGCUGAGGAUAGGUCCUCCACAGCCCACAACCUCGGUAUUCAGGCCUCUUUCAAACCACAGCUGGUUCUCUGCCCUUGCUUUUUGCUCUGACCCCAGCCUGGGUUCUCUGAGACAGCUUUGAAGAGGUGCACCUCUCCUGGGAAAAUGAUGCUUGGGAGUCCCAAAGAUGAAACAGUGUUGGGGGCUGUCUUGAAAAUAAAGGAUUAUGGCUAUAAGAAAGGGAAAAUGUUUCAAAUCAAGAAUCAAAGCAAAAUUAGAAUCUUGAAAAUUAGACCUGGCCAAGUGACUCAGUUGUUUUUAAUAAGUAUCGUCCUGUACACCAAAAGGUUGUGAAUUCAAUUCCUGGUCAGAGCACAAGCCUACCAUGCAGGUUUGAUUCCUGGUUGGGUUAAGUUCGAGAGGUAACCAAUUGCUGUUUUUCAUAUCAAUGUUUCUCUCUCCCUUUCUAAAAUCAAUAAACAUAUCCCUGGGUGAGGAUUUUUUAAAAA